ACUGUUUAUCGAUCGAUAUUGCAACUAUAGGGAAUUUACAAAAUUAAUAACUACGUGUCGCUUUGAUCGAUAAUAAACCAAUAACAGAUUUAGUCAUCUAUCUUAUAUAUUAUCAGUGAACAUCAUUUUACGACUAAUCACACACACACGCGCACACAUACGAGUGUACUUGACGAUUUCGUACACAUAUGCCGAGUUCGAUGCAAGUAUGUACGGAAAUUCGGUGUGUGACGGGGGCGAGGGUGAGGGGUUGAGGAUUCUAGGGGGAAAGACGAAGUGCAAGAAUGCGAUGUGCAACAUCGAACGACAAACACAAGGAAAACACUGGCGUGCCGUUGACUGGGACGGGGAAGUGUUAUGAUUCGUAGUAGUGAUAUUUGGAAGGGCAUAGGGAAGAGACGUACGGCCCUGGUUUUCUGGAAAUCGUCAGCGGUCCGGGGCCAUUAAACGCGUUAUAUGUGUCUUGCAAUUUGAUCCCACGGUGCAGAGAGAAGAGUACACCCGAUCGGAGAAUAAUUUACGCAAAUUCCUGGUCUCAUCUCUGGGCUCUCUGCAGGUGGGCCUGUUGGAUUUCUUCUUGAUCUUUGAUGCCUCGGUAUCACACACACGUUCAGACAGACACAUGUACACAGUGAUAGUUACUUUUACCCAAUAGUCAAGUCUACACCUUAAAAAGACUAGUUUAGAAAUUGAUCAGAUAAAACCAAGGAAAGAAACCAGGACACGACAGGAUUCUCUCGCACAAUCGCCAAUUCGCCAAUUUUUUUCUUACGCUAAUUCACCCAAGACGAAGACUUAUCGUGUAAAUGAACGUGUAGUAUUGUGGAGUAAUGCAAGGCAUGAUGCCAGUUAAGACAAAAUCUCGUAUUCCUGAGACAAUGGGAGUAACCAAUGGAUUGGUGGAUGCAAGAGCAAAGCAGGUUUUGAGGGAAGCUGUAGAUGCAGUCGUCAAUAGUUUUGCUAAACAUACUCAGGGUUAUGGAAGAGUGAAUGUGGUUGAGGCGUUGCAAGAAUUCUGGCAAAUGAAACAAAGUAGAGGCACAGAAUUAAGAAAUGGAGCAUUAGUUAUUUACGAAUCUGUCCCAGGUGCUAGUCCACCGUAUGUUUGUUACGUAACCCUUCCUGGAGGAUCUUGCUUUGGAAGUUUUCAAAAUUGUCCUACCAAAGCUGAAGCACGUAGAUCAGCGGCUAAAAUAGCAUUAAUGAAUUCGGUAUUCAAUGAACAUCCAUCACGAAAAAUUACUGAUGAUUUCAUAGAAAAAGCUGUUGCUGAAGCAAGAGCAAGUUUUGCUAAACCUUCCACUACACCUAACAGCGUUGGCAAUCAAACUCAAGGAAAUGGUGAUGACAAGGAAGAUCCGAACACUGGCAUUGGCGCAUUUCGUUUCAUGUUGGAAUGUAAUCGUGGUAGGACAAUGUUAGAGUUUCAAGAACUUAUGACAGUUUUCCAAUUACUUCACUGGAAUGGUUCAUUGAAAGCUAUGCGAGAAAGACAGUGCAGUAGACAAGAAGUAGUAGCUCAUUAUAGUCAUCGUGCAUUAGAUGAUGAUAUGCGCAGUCAAAUGGCACUUGAUUGGGUUGCCAGAGAACACGAAAGCGGUGGUGGAGUUGUUGCUAUGGAAUUAGCUUUAGCAGAAAGAGAACUUGAAACAGCACGUUUGGCAGGACGCGAGCUUAGAUUUCCAAAGGAAAAGAAAGAUAUACUAAUGUUGGCUCAUGCUCAAGUUUGUCCCCAAUGAAUUAUUAUUUGAGGUAAUAUCAAUUAUUUGAGACUUUAUGAGACUGCUUUUUUGAAAAUUGGAUCAUUCAGAAAGAUAAACAAUUCAUGUGCCUUGUAAGGAUCGAAUUUUCAAAAAUAACGAUUCACUCUUCAUUUGUUAUUCAUUUUUUAAAUCAUUAGACAAUUGUAUUUUAUCA